AUGAAUGUUUUAAUGUUAUCUUUAAAGCUUAAUAUUUUGAUUAUUUCUGUAUUACUUUUUGGUACUGCUGUAUCUCAAGAUUAUCAAAAUGUGGAUGAUGAUUCCAUAAUUUUAGACAAUUAUAUGACACAAAAAGAUAUAUCAGUAGAUUCUAAAAAUAAAGAAGCAUUGAAAGAUGUUCUUUUAAAAGAUGAUACAAUUGAAUUUUUUUCAAGAUUAAAACGCCAAACGCGACAAACAUUAAUUAAUAGACUAAAAACAGAACAAUUAAGAAAUCAACAAGCAUUUCGAAGAAAACAACAAGUACUUCAACAACGCCGAAAAUUACAGUCAAAAGUUCAAAAAAAAUUAAGAAAACGAGAAAGAAAAUUGAGAAGAGAUCUUGAAAAAAUAAAUCGUGAAAAAAGGGAACGUGAAAGAAAAGAACGUGAAAGAAGAGCUAAUGAAAUAAGAAAAGCAAUAAUCAAACGUGUAGUAGAUGUAAAAGAAUCAAAAGAAUCAACAAAAAAAGACGGAAUAACAACAACAGAAAAACAAAAAGAAGUACCAAAAGAAGCGCUAAAAGAAGUUACACUUUCACCAGAAGAAGAAAAAGCCGCAUAUAUAGCUAAAGUAAAAGCUGAAGAAGAAGAAAGAGCUAAAGCAAAUGUAGCAAAAGAAGAAGACGCUCAAGUUAAAAAUCCAACAGAAAAACCUAAAGAUGAAGGUCUUCCUGGUGCUUCUGUUUAA